CCCCCCCAGUCCCAAUGUGUUUGAAUUUCUGAGGUUCUACUCUAAUUUCUGUGGUCUUCAUGGACUAGGAAAGUAAUGCUGGCCACUUUAGAUACGAACUAGCUAGCUAGCUACUGUAGCUAUAUCACUAUGUUGAAGAAUAGGCCUACAAUGCGAAAGCAGACGUAAAAAUAGUGGAUGGAUGUCAUGAGAGCAUUUAACAUCACUGGUGAAGAUGUAAAGCUGCAUGCUAGACAAUGGCAAGCCAGCAGCUGUAAGUGUAAGAAGCCCAAGCUUGAGAGCAAAGCAAUCAUUCCGAUCAUUAUUUUAACUGCACCCAAAAAAAAUUCUAAAAUGCAAAAACAUUUUAAUGAGCCAGGUGGCUAUGUUUGUGAGCUGUUAAAUGCAAGUGUACAUGUUCACUCAGUUAAAACAACACAUGCACUGUCGGUUUGUGUCCUUAUUUUUUAAUUUAUUUAUGUGUUUGUUUUACUUUAAAUAAAUUUUCCUAAUAAGUGUGCUAGUUAGCAUGCUAGCCACAGUUUUCCACUACAGACAACACAAUCCCCAUUAAAUCCCCAUUGCCAAAAGACCAGAUAGUUUGAAUUCAGUUCUUAGCUCAGAGAUGUGCCUCAGUUUUACGAACACAUUUUUUUCCCAAUGGGUCCUGCUAAAGGACUUAUCUAUGAAUAUUCACAGCUGACCCAAAAGUGUGUACAAGGUAAUGCAUAAUGAUCAGUUUUGUUGGGUCAUAGUUUAAUACAAUUUCAGCCCCUGGUGCUCAAUGGUGGUAUUGUUAUUGCAUGCAGGCAUUCAAUCCAAUUCGGCACUGAAGCUCCUCAGACAGCAAAGUGAUAUCCGCACAGUAGACAAUUAGCUUUCUUACCCAGUUCUGGGAGUCUCUUCGUUUUAAAGGGAGUUUAAAACACUGCUAGACUGCCCAGGCAGGUAAGCAGGAUUAAAGUGCUAAUGAUUAUUAUAUUAAUGAAACAAUAUUUUAGUUUGAAUUCAGGGCUUGGACAGUUACAUAAGAUGGUAGGUUUAUAAACUGCAGAAAUGAGCCAGGUGUGUCUUGUAAAAGAGCAAGUGUCUAGAAAGAGUAUAGUAUGUCUGUGCACUAGAGGUAGGACUGUGAUGUAACUAGUAGAUAAUGAUGCCAAUGGCAUAGGACUUCAAGCCACAUAUUAAACCGGUAAGUGGUUUGGUGAAUUGGUGUAUAAAUGCGUUUUAACAUCAACACCUUCCCUGUGUAGAUCACACCUUGGAUAAUGCAGCACUCAUUAUCUUUGAUUGGAUUGUCCCAUCUAAACUGAUCAGAGUGGGAUUACAGGUUAAGAAAGCUUGGCCUAAUGCCAUGACGUCACAUUAAUUAUCCACCUCCUGGAUCGCCUUAGGCACUAAGCCACUGGCUUCUGGUAGGCUGGUGGAGGCAGAAAGGGGUGGUUAGCUUUCUCCACAGCACAGGAGCAAGCAAUCUCCACUGGGACUACUGUACACAACUGAACAACAGCAGAUAAACUACCCUUCUGAUUUCCCACAAGUGAUGCAUAUGUGAAAGAAGGGGAAAAAUAAGCAGAAUGGCAGACAAAGGCAGUGUGGAGAAGUACCUGGAGAAUAACCCUCAGUUUGCCAAGGAGUACUUUGAUAAAAAGCUGCAGGCGGAGGCUAUCGGAGCAGCCUUCUCAGGAAAGCUCAACAUCAAAGAUGCUGCCUCAUUCAAAGAUGUCACCCAAAUCCAGGAAGCUGCUUUCAUAUUUGAAAUGAUCCAAGAGAUUCAAACAGCGACUGUCAUGGAAAAAUCUGUUCACAAGAUCCUGCAAAGAAUAACUCUUCUGGUGGGAGCUGAGAAGUGCAGCUUGUUCACAUAUAGGUCCAGGAAUGGAAUACCAGAGCUUGCAACUCUUCUCUUUGACAUAACACCUACCUCCAAAUUUGAACAGAAUCUGGUGAAUCCAAACUCUGAGAUUGUGUUUCCCACUGACAUGGGCAUUGUUGGCUGGACUGCACAUACAAAGAAACUACACAGUGUCCCAGAUGUUAAAAAGAACUCUCAUUUCAGCGACUUUGUGGACAAGCAGACAGGAUAUACCACCAAAAACCUGCUUUCAGCUCCAGUCAUGAAUGGCAAGGACCCCAUUGCUGUUGUUAUGCUGCUAAACAAAACAGGCGAAAGUGAAUUCUCAAAAGCCGAUGAGGAGCUCUUUCAAAAGUACUUGAACUUUGCAUCAGUGAUUCUACUGCAGCAUCACACGGCAUACAUGCAUGAUGUAGAGUCCAGAAAAAGCCAGAUGCUGCUGUGGUCUGCCAGCAAAGUAUUUGAGGAGCUCACAGACAUCGAGCGACAGUUUCACAAAGCUCUGUACACAAUCAGAAACUACCUCAAAUGUGAGCGCUAUUCUGUCGGUCUCUUGGAUAUGACCAAAGGAAAGGAAUUCUUUGAUGAAUGGCCAAUCAAACUUGGACUUGAAGAACCCUACAAAGGCCCAAAGACCUCAGAUGGAAGAGAAGUGAAUUUCUACAAGAUUAUUGAUUACCUUUUAGAAAGCAAAGAGGAAAUUAAAGUCAUACCCAAUCCACCUGCAGAUCACUGGGCUCUUGUCAGUGGACUCCCAACAUAUGUUGCUGAAAAUGGCUUUAUCUGUAACAUGAUGAAUGCUCCAGCAGAUGAGUACUUCACCUUCCAGAAAGAGCCUGUUGAUGAAUCUGGCUGGAUGAUCAAAAAUGUCCUGUCACUUCCCAUUGUAAACAAAAAGGAAGAAACUGUGGGCAUCGCCACCUUUUUCAACAGAAAUGACGGCAAACCAUUUGAUGAGUAUGAUGAACAGAUCACUGAAUGCCUCACCCAGUUUUUGGGAUGGUCUGCUCUGAACUGUGACACAUAUGACAAGUUGAACAGAAUGGAAAACAGGAAGGACAUUGCACAGGAAAUGCUCAUGUACCAGACUAAGUGCACCAAAAGUGAGCUUCAGUCCAUCCUUAAUGCUAAGGAGAAGCUGAACCAAGAACCUGAAGACUGUGAUCAGAAAGAACUGUACAAACUGUUGAGGACAAGCAUUCCACAGUGUAAAGACGUGGAGCUCCUGGAGUUCCACUUCAGUGACUUCCCUUUAUCAGAGCAUGACCUGAUCAAAUGUGGCAUUCGCUGCUUCUUUGAGCUAAACGUUGUGGAAAAGUUUAAAGUUCCAGCAGAGACUCUUACCCGAUGGAUGUACACUGUUCGUAAAGGUUACCGUGACAUCACCUACCACAACUGGAGACACGGCUUCAACGUGGGACAGACCAUGUUUGCUCUCUUAAUGACAGGGAAACUGAAGAAGUAUUACUCUGACCUUGAAGCCUUUGCCAUGGUGGCUGCUGGAUUUUGUCAUGACAUUGACCACAGAGGAACCAACAAUCUGUACCAGACAAAGAGUGCAUCUCCAUUGGCCAAACUACAUGGAAACUCCAUUAUGGAGAGACACCACCUGGAGUACAGCAAGACACUGAUGGAGAAUGAGGACCUGAAUAUUUUCCAGAACCUGCAGAAGCGUCAGUUUGAGACUGUGCAGCAUUUGUUUGAUGUCUGCAUCAUUGCCACAGACUUGGCUUUGUACUUCAAGAAGAGAACACUGUUCCAGAAGAUUGUUGAUUCCACAUCUGCAAUGACAAAUGAAGGAGAGGUCCUCAACUUUGUGUCCAACAAUGCUACAAGGAAGGAAAUCAUUAUGGCAAUGAUGAUGACAUGCUGUGACUUGUCCGCUAUCACAAAGCCAUGGGAAGUCCAGAGCAAAGUUGCUCUCAUGGUGGCCUCUGAGUUCUGGGAGCAGGGGGAUAUGGAGAGGACUGUCCUGGAUCAGCAGCCCAUUCCAAUGAUGGACAGAAACAAGGCUGAUGAACUUCCCAAAAUGCAGUGUGGCUUCAUUGAUUUCGUGUGUACAUUUGUAUAUAAGGAGUUUGGCAAGUUCCACCAAGAGAUGGUGCCGAUGUUCAACGGCCUGAUGAACAACAGGAUGCACUGGAAAGAGCUGGCUGAUGAGCACGAGGCCAAGAUGAAAGCACUGGAAGAGGAACGGAAGAGGCUGGAAGGAGGAGACACUGAGGGUGAAGGGAAGUCCAAGACCUGCACCAUAUUUUAGACUGUCCAGCUCCCCCUCCCACUCAGAACAGAGAGCACAUCAAAAGAGGUCAUGCCAUAUUCCCUUUACUUAUAUUUACAUUUCCAAUACCUGACAAACCAUCUCAGCAGACCCACCAGCAACAAUCUGGGAAAAUGACUGGUGUAGAGGCAAUGUUAACAGCAUAUUAGCAUAUUAUCCAUGUGGUGCAAAUAGGUGUAUAUCCUUAAACUAGAAGAAAUAUUUUAUUAAAAAUGCACCAUAUACAUUGUUGUAACUCUUCUCUCAUGUACAGCACUGUACACCUUGAAGUAAAUAUCUUGGAAAUUCCAUACUAAAAGGAAGAACAGAGCCUCUAUGCCAUGUUUUUGAUACACAGCAAACUAACAGCAAGUGAAGUGUGUUUGCAAAAUUCGCAAGUCUAGGAAAGAUGACAGGAGAUUCUAAGGUAAAAGACAUAAUUAUUAAUAGCUGUAGUAAUAGCUGUAAUAAUAAUUAAUAGUAAAUAGAUGCCAAUUUCAAGACUGUCAAGAAUGACAUUGGACUGUGAUUUGAUGGAAUAUGUAUAAUAAUUUGACAGACUGACACUACAGCAUGUUAGCAUGAAAAUGAAUACUAAUAAAUGUUGUAUUGUAUGUUAUGUAUUUUAUGUUUUAAAGCAGCAUGAAAAUUUCACAACGAAUACUAAUGAUAACUUACCAGU